AUGACGACAAUGCAGAAGUUGUUGCAGUUGCCGGUGAACGCGGUGAACAUGGUUAAAACUGUCCAGAGCCAGGUCCAGGGGCAGAGCCAGGAGGAAGACAAGAGCCCGGUGUUGUCUCCAGACAGCGGGCAGCACUCGUGGUACAGCGCCCUCCAGCCGGACGAGCUACGCCACCUCAGAUCAGGAGGGGGAGGAGGAGGAGGGGGAGGUGGGGGAAGCACCUCAGGAGAGGGAAACUCGGAAGAGAAGACCGGCCUGGAAGAUGGAGGGAUAGGAGGAAGUGGCGGAGGUUCACAGACACAGCCACUCCGGCACGACGACUUGAAGGAGAUGUUGGACAGUAACAAGGACUCACUGAAGCUGGAGGCCAUGAAGAGGAUUGUAGCUAUGAUUGCUCGAGGUAAAAAUGCGUCCGAUCUAUUCCCAGCUGUGGUCAAGAAUGUGGCCUGUAAAAACAUCGAGGUGAAGAAGUUGGUGUACGUGUAUCUGGUGCGUUAUGCAGAGGAGCAGCAGGACCUGGCUCUUUUGUCUAUCUCCACAUUUCAGCGUGGUUUAAAGGACCCAAACCAGCUGAUCCGGGCUAGCGCUCUGAGGGUGCUGUCCAGUAUCAGAGUGACCAUCAUCGUUCCCAUUAUGAUGCUGGCCAUUAAAGAGGCCGCCUCCGACAUGUCUCCAUAUGUCAGGAAGACCGCAGCACAUGCUAUUCCCAAACUCUACAGUUUGGACCCUGAGCAGAAGGAUCAACUCAUUGAAGUCAUUGAGAAACUCCUCGCCGACAAAACCACAUUGGUGGCAGGCAGUGUGGUGAUGGCGUUUGAAGAGGUGUGUCCCGAGCGUAUCGACCUCAUUCACAAAAACUACAGGAAGUUGUGUAACCUGCUGAUUGAUGUGGAGGAAUGGGGACAGGUGGUCAUCAUCAACAUGCUGACGCGCUACGCCAGGACGCAGUUUCUCAACCCAAACAUCAACGAGUCUCUGCUGGAGGAGGGCAACACUGAAGGCAAGACAUUUUACGGUUCUGACGAAGACGAGGACGAGGAUGAGGAAGAGAAGGAGAAGGAGAAGAAGGCUGAGGCCAUGGCUAAAAGGAAACCGUAUGUCAUGGACCCGGACCACAGACUUCUGCUGAGGAACACCAAACCUCUUCUACAGAGCAGGAAUGCAGCCGUGGUGAUGGCCGUUGCACAGUUGUAUUUUCAUCUGGCUCCUAAAGCAGAGGUCGGAGUCAUCGCCAAAGCUUUGGUUCGGCUCCUCAGAAGUCACAGCGAGGUCCAGUUUGUUGUUCUUCAAAAUGUAGCAACAAUGACCAUCAAGAGGAGGGGGAUGUUUGAACCGUACCUGAAGAGUUUCUACAUUCGCUCCACAGACCCAACACAGAUCAAAAUCCUCAAGCUGGAAGUUCUCACCAAUUUGGCAAAUGAGACCAACAUCUCCACUAUCCUCAGAGAGUUUCAGACGUACAUUAAAAGUAUGGAUAAGGAUUUUGUGGCAGCGACCAUCCAAGCUAUCGGCCGCUGUGCUACAAACAUCGGAGAGGUGCGGGACACGUGUCUGAACGGACUGGUGCAGCUGCUGUCUAACAGAGACGAGCUAGUGGUGGCCGAGUCUGUGGUGGUGAUAAAGAAACUGCUCCAGAUGCAGCCGGAGAAACACAGUGACAUCAUCAAACACAUGGCCAAACUCAUCGAUAACAUACAGGUGCCGAUGGCGAGGGCGAGUAUCCUCUGGCUGAUUGGGGAGUACUGUGAACACGUCCCAAAGAUCGCUCCAGACGUCCUGAGGAAAAUGGCCAAGUCUUUCACAAAUGAAGAGGACAUCGUCAAACUACAGAUCCUCAACCUGGCAGCCAAACUCUACCUCACUAACUCCAAACAGACCAAGCUCCUGACACAGUACGUUUUGAAUUUGGCGAAAUACGACCAAAACUACGACAUCCGAGACCGAGCUCGGUUCAUUCGUCAACUCAUCGUCCCCACAGAGAAGAGUGGAGCGCUCAGUAAAUAUGCCAAGAAACUGUUCCUCGCCCUGAAACCUGCACCGGUCCUCGAGUCUCCUUUUAAAGAUCGAGACCACUUCCAGUUGGGUUCUUUGUCCCAUCUGCUGAACGCCAAAGCUGGGGGGUACCAGGAGCUGCCCGACUGGCCCGAGUCCGCCCCCGACCCCUCCGUGCGCAACGUGGAGGUGAAGGAGUCUGUUUUUGCGCUGCUCGAAAGGGUCACUACAUUAACGAGUGUGCCUGAAUGGUCCAAAUGCAGCGCUCGGGAGAAGAGAAAGGAGAAGAAAGUGGAGAAGCCUUUUUACUCGGAUUCAGAGGGAGAGUCUGGGCCCACGGAGUCAGCGGACAGCGAGUCGGACAGUGGCAGUGGCUCGGAGAGUGCCAGUGGGUCUGAGGAGAGCGGGUCGGGGUCAGAGAGUGACGAAGAGGAUAGCGAUGAAGGCUCGGAGGAAGAGGAGGAGGAGGAGGAAGAGGAGCCCAAACACACCAAGAAGAAAAUACAGGAAGCGAAGAAACCCAUACAUCAGAGUGAGAGUGAGCAGAGCAGUGAAGAGGAGAGGAAACCACAGAGAAAACCCAAAAGCAGAAAGAUGAGCGAGUCCGAGUCUGAGUCAGAGGAGAGUGAGUCUGAGUCUGACGAGUCCGAGUCCGAUGAGUCUGAGUCGGAGCCAGAGACCAGGAAAAAGAAGAAGUCUAAACCUUCAAAACCAGUAAAAAAAGAAACAAAGAAGGAAAGCAAGAAAGAGAUGUCUCUGCUCGACCUGGACGACUUCGAGCCGGCCCCCUCUCCUCAGGUGACUCCAGUGAACGCGUUCAUGUCCAACAGCCUCGUCACAGACCUGGAGGGGCUGUCCCUGUCUGACGACGUUCUUGCGCCUGCUGCUAUUUCUCCUUCGAGCUCUAUGAAAACGUUUGAGUUGCUGCACAGAAUCACAGGGGAGGGUUUGUCUGUGGAGUACUGCUUUAGCCGGCAGCCCUUCAGCCCUGACGCUAACAUGGUCGCUGUUCAGAUCCACUUCACCAACAACUCCUCCUCCGACGUGUCCAACCUGCACGUGGAGGACGCCAAGCUCCAGUCCGGCAUGAGGGUCAAGGAGUUCCCUGAGAUUGAGGUGCUGGCAGCCGGAGAGACAACCACAGCUGUGAUGGGCAUUGACUUUUGUGACUCCACUCAAGCUGCAAACUUCCAGCUCUGUACAAAUUCCAAGAAGUUCUUUGUGACGAUCCAGCCGCCGGUGGGAGAGCUGAUGAGGCCUGUGUUUAUGACGGAGAACGAGUUUAAAAAGGAACAAGGUCAGCUGAUGGGCAUGAACGAGAUCUCGGAGAAACUGACGCUGGACUCGAAAUGUCGGAACGAACACGCCAUCGUCCAAGUGACCACCGCCGCCAGCCUGAGCCGCGUGCCCUGUGGCUCCGACAACGAGUGCAGAUUCGCCGCCCGGACCGUGACCAGCAACAGCCUGGUCCUGGUCACCGUGGCGACCAAACAGGAAGGCGCUGCACAGCUGACCGUCAACUGCGACAAGAUGCUGAUCGGUACCAUGUUGGUGAAAGAAAUCCUGCAAGCUCUCACACAGUGAAGUGUCCUGGGAUAGUAACAGCGGCGCCCCCUGUCUGCGACUUUGGACAUGUACCGCUCUACCGCAUCUGUAGCAUUUUAUUUAUUUAUUUAUUUUAGUAAGAAAGACAACAAGAUAGCCUAUACGUCAUAAAUCAAAUGUAUUUUGGAGUAUCCAAGGGUUUCAGAAAGAUGAAAAAUUCGGACCGUUGCCAUACCUAUUAAAAAUUGAAAACAAAACAUGAUAUCUUUUACGUAAGUUGCUGUAGUUCCCUAAAAUGUUUGCCGUUAAUUGAACUAAACACCCCAAACUAAGCACAAAACACAACAAUACAAAGUCUAUAAAUAUUAAAGGAGCUGUACCUGAUUUUUACUGUCUUAAAAACAUAAACAUGAAAAAACUGAAUUUUAAAAGUUUUCACAAUUUUCAGAGACUAGAGCAAAGUUGUGCAGUGAUGGUAAAGCUAACAAAACUACUGCCACAUUCCAAAGAGGAAGUGAGCAUGGGUGUGCUUCCGGCUCCAUCGACUCUGGCUCUAAUUCACUUUGUAUUGAAAAACUCUUGCCCCACUUUCCUUAACUGCUGCUGUCAGACUCAUUUGGUCUUAAAAUGUUCGUAUUAACCCGCUCUACAUGUUUUUAUUUCGCUAUUCUGUCCGUAAAUCAAGGUAUGAACAUUAAUAACAGACAAAUCAGGUGCCUUCUUUCCUCACUGUCAGCUAAACCAGAUGUGCAGGCUUUAAGGGGCGCUAUAAUCAAUAGCCUCGCUCCGGAUCGGCUCUUUGCUAUGAUACUUGCGGUCGGAAUUCCAAAUAUGGAACUCAGCUCAGAAUUCGCCCCUAUAACUGCCAGCUUCGAUGAGCUUCAUUUGACUGGAGCUAAACUUUAAAGGUGAUGUCACACUCACUUAGUUCACGUCUUCAUACAGUCUAUGUUAGGGUGAUCAGACGUUCUUAUUUACCUGGAACAGUCAUAGUUUUGAGCUCUGUGUCCCCCUGUCCCAGAAAAUGUAUCCAAAACAAGUGAUUUGUCCCAGUUUUAUACAACAAAUGUCCCAGGUGUCUCUAUUUUUGACCAAUUUGAUACCUGCCAAUAGUAAGGAGAGGCAUAAAUUGUAAUUUGGUUAGAUAAAAUACAAAAUAUCUGCUUAAAAACAACCAAAAUACAAAGAAAAUGUGUCUAUACUGGCUCACAUAUUAGUCCUGAAUGAUCUCUGCAUAACAGUUUUCCUUAAUCAUGCACUCGUUUUACAAUUUUAUUAUUACCAACCAGUAAAACAAGGAUUUCCCAGUUUUUUAUUUGAAAUUCUUGUCACCCUUGUCUUUAAAGCACGUUAUUGUCUGAGAACCACAUAAUUAGAACCAGACAGCACGCAUUUUUGACUUCAUACCUGACAUAGACUGGCAAAAAAAAAAUCAAGUACAGGGCCUUUCAAUAAUGUUACAUAGUAGUAAGUAUAUUUUUAGAAAAUGCAUCGCCUUAGUUUCCCUCACAACCCAAUGUAAUUCCAAUGGAACGAAAAACAUCAACUCUAACCUAAUUAAUUUACCUUUAGCUUACAUAUUUUAGCAUAUUUUCCCAAAAGGUCAGGACAGGAGGGCAUUUCAAAUCUUGUACAAAAGUUGCUCUAUAUGUAAAAAGUACUACAAGUGUGGCGUGUGCAUGAACGUGUGUCUGAGAAUAUAAAAUCAAUAUUGUCCACAAAACUGAAGCCUGACAUGCAAAUAAUGUUACCGAUUCACUUUUCUUUUCUUGUCUUUGAAAUGGCCUUGUUACGUCUAAAGCCAAGCAUCACCUGGCAGCUUGUUUUUGUUACAAACUUUAAUGUGUUGAAUGUUUUUGAAUGUAAUUGAUUUCUUUUUGUUGCAGUUGAGCCAUAGGCUGUAUAUAAAAAUGGACUAAGCCACUAGCCGCGAGCUCGAAAUAGGAAGUGAGCAUGGGCGCGGUUCUGGCUCCAUCGAGUCCGGGUACAGUUCACUUUCUUUGAGAAGGUUGCUUCGUAUGAUCCUGGUGUUUUUAUUUGGCGAUUUUCUGUAAAUCAAUUCCUAAUUUGGAACUCGACUCCAAAUUCCCACAUAACUGUUAGCCUCGGUGAGCUUUAUUUGACUGGAGCCAAGCACUACAGCUGAUGUCACGCUCUCUUAGUCCACUUUUUUAUACAGUCUUUGAGUUGUCCCAGCUAGUCUACCCUUCAAAACCAAAGAGCUUUUACGAUUCUAAAUGACUGUAAGGUUGAGAAUUUGACAAGUAUUUACAAUUUAUUUAAAGUUGGGAAAAAACACAAAAAAACUAAAUACAUUCUUAAAAUUAAAGAUGAACUAUGUCACUUUUGUGGUGGAGGCUCGGCACCUGCUUGCCUCCAUGGAGAUGUUAUUUCUUUGACUGGAAUGUUCCACAGUAGGGCAUUAAAAUUA